AUGGUCAACGUUUUUACCGUCACCCUGUUGGCCGGGCUUUGCGCCUCUGCAGCGAUAAAGGAGACUCCUAAACGAGAGGUGUCGUCCGAGGGAUGUAGCAAAGAGCUGCCAAGUGACCGGGAACCCGGAAACGAGUACAACAUACCCUACACGGACGACGAAGGACGGGACCGAAACUAUCUGUUAUUCAUUCCGCCUGGGUACAAAACAAACAGCCCGAACCCGGUUAUUUUCUCGUACCACGGCGGAACAAGAACCCCAGGAAGCCAGAGAAAUUUGGAUCGGUUAGAAAAGCCGGAAUUCAACACCGAUCAUAUCGUGGUGUAUCUCCGAGGCUACGAGGAACGAUGGGAGAGUGUCCCCAACAUCACAAAGCGUAAUGACGUGCUUUACACCAACACCGUCCUCGACGACUUGGAGUCCACCUACUGCAUCGACAAGAGUCGCGUAUUCAUGACCGGAAAGUCCAAUGGUGGUGGCUUCACCAACUUCGCCGCAUGCCACCAACAACUAUCGACCCGCUUCGCAGCUUUUGCUCCGGUGUCCGGCUCUUACUACAUCGAAGGUGUAGACGAUUGCCAGCCUAAGACGGUCGAGAUUCCUUGCACUCCAGGGCGAUCCGAUGUUCCUAUUAUCGAGUUCCAUGGUGGAAGUGACGGAACUAUCCCAUACGCGGGCGGCGACCGGCGUGGUGCGUGCUUGCCGGAUGUUUUCCACUGGAUUACGGAGUGGGCAGUCCGUGACGGGCUUGGAGAGACGCCGGCUGUGACCAACAUCGCAUCUCGGGCGCAGCUGUAUGAAUGGGGCUCUGGUGCUAAGAAGGGGUUGGUUUCUCAUGUCUUCGAGCAGGAUGUGGACCACAGCUGGCCUUACACGGGCAAGAAUACUGAUAAUGAGGACCAUGGCGACGGACCGGCGUCUUACAAUGCCUCGAGCUAUAUCAUGGACUUCUUCAGCAAGCAUUCGCUCACCAGCUGUUCAUAA